AUGCCAAAGAGGAGAUGCACGUUCACUGUAUCUUUACAGUCCGAAUUUACUUUCCUAAAAAAAUGUGAAGUAAUUGGAAAAGUUUUUUGUACGGUGUGCAAGGCAGUAUUUUCAAUCGAACAUGGAGGACGCUCAGAUAUCAAACAGCAUAUGGAAAAGAAAAAACAUACGUCGGCCUUAUCUAGUGCUUCAAAAAGUGACAAAGUAACCUCAUAUUUUAUUAAACAAGGACCAGCUGGCUUAACUAGUGAAGGAUUAAAAAUUGCAGCAGAAGAGGGAAUGUUUGCAUUUCACACUAUAGUACAUAACCAUUCUUUUAGGUCAAUGGAUUGUACUACUGCUUUAAUAAAAAAGUUACAUGAAAAAAAGUUUUCUUGUGCGCGUACUAAGUGUGAAUCAAUUAUUCUGAAUGUAUUGGCUCCUUUUGCAAUGGAUCAAAUAAUAGACGAACUAAAAGCUGUUAAUUUUGCGACGGUUAUGAUUGACACUUCAAAUCAUACGAANACAUAA